AUGUCCUUCGCCUGCACCAAGUCCUCGCAAUUGACCGAAAAUCACAGAGCCAGACAAUCGGCCACCAUGAUCACCGACACCUCCCUCUACACGCUCGCCAUCUUUCUUGGCAGCGCUGCCAUGCUCAUGAUCGUCCUCUACCACUUCCUCGAGGUCAACGCCAAGGAGGGCGAGGCUCUGUCCAAUGCUCGCAAGGCCGACGCCGUUCCCGCCGCUGGCAAGGCGAGGAGCUAG